UGGAAAAAAAAUAAGGUUCUUGUAGUAACUGGAAAGGAAACAGCCAAUCAAGAGUAACGUGACGCAGUGACUCAGGAGCCAGCCAUGCAGCCGUCUGUAGUUGGAAUCCACACAGCAAAAUGGCGACUGCCGCCACAAGUGCGAAAACAAGGCAGCGAAAACACUCCUUCUCGUCGUCAAUCUCGCUGCUAAAUCGAACCAGAUCGAUGACGGACCAGACUCUACUUGGAGUGUUAAAUAUACUCCGUAUGGACGAAGGACAAGGUCAGAGUUUUAUGGUGAAGGCCAUUCUUCCCGAUGGCAAACCGAGAUUGUUGAGUGCAGAGCGUAACAUGACAGUGAGGGAUCUUGUUGCUGGAAUCUGUCAGGAAUACAAUUUAACCAACUACCAAGUGCGCACUUUACCGGAAAAGACUCUUCUGAAUCUUGAAGCAAGUGCUACAUCUGUAGAGAAUGCAGAGAUAGCCAUUGAGGAUGUGGACAAGAUGCUGUCAAAUUUUCAGCUUGACAAUCUUCAUACAAUUAAAGAUGAUAGACUUCGCUGUGUGAAAGAGCUAGUUUAUGCAGAAGAAGUUUACAAUGACUGCUUGAAGAGCCUGUUUGAACUGUAUGCUGAACCAUUAAAAAGUAAACUUUCAAGGGCUGAACAUCAUACAUUGUUUGCCCAUGUAGAGCCAAUAUGUACCUUGAGUUCUUCUCUUUAUGUUAAAGUGGAAGAAGCUGCUAAUAAUUGGAAUUCAGCCUCUACUGCAAUAGGUGCCAUUUAUGCUGAGUUUCCUUUGUUCAGGGAGAUGUACGAAGAUUACUACUUGGCAUUCAAGUUUGCAAGGAGCCUGAUGAGACAGAAGAGAGAAAAUGACAGCGAAUUUAUGACAUUUGUGCAUAACCAGAGGGGAUCGCACAGGCCUCAGCUGGAUUCGUUAUUGUUAAAGCCAGUUCAACAUCUCUUGGAGUGCGAGAGAAUUUUGUCCAACUUGCUGGAAAAGACGUCUGAAACUCACCGUGAUUACGCAGAACUGGCAAAAGUAGUUUCAAAAUUUAAACAGAUGGUGAAAGAUCGAGAAGAGGAGGUUAUCGAAGCCGAGAAUGAGUGCAAAAUCUACGACAUCCAAGACAGGUUUCCCAGUGAUAACUUAUGCCUUCAAGAAAAACAAAAUAUUCACAGACUUAAACAAGGCAGUUCUCGGAGACGAUCUGCCCCGACAACUGUAAUAAAAGCCGCAUUGGGAGGAAAAACGCAUUCUUCAAAAAGUUCGACGAUAGACGGAAGCAUGCGAAUGAAGAAUUCAUCCGAACCCAGCUCUCCUCUGUCUCCCGAAGUUUUCCCAGCGAGGGCUUUCAUCAAGGAAGGUCCAGUGCAAUUAUCCUCGGGUAUGUCCUCUCAAGACAGACAUCUGUUCUUGUUUGAUGACCUUCUUUUAAUAGCAAAACCAAGGUCUGCGACGUUCAAGCUUAAGCAUCGAGUUCGGGUUAGUGAGAUCUGGUUGGCUAAUUGUCUCGAUGACGUGUGUGAAUCGACGAAAUCCGCUGACAGGUCGUUUGUGAUUGGCUGGCCCACUACAAACUUUGUUGCUGCGUUCAAUACACCGGAGGACAAGGAAGCCUGGCACAGUGUUCUGACAAAGCACGUGAAAGAACAGAAGGACAGUGAAGAUCCAAAAUGUGUCAGCCUUAAAGUGUAUAACAGGGACAUGGAGUCACCGGACUCCUCAGGAUAUUCCAAGUCGUUCACUGUCACCAACAUGGACGAUGCAGCUACAGUCGUUAAAAUGUCAUUGGCGCAGUUUCAAUUUCAGACUGAAGAUCUGUCCGAGUUUCAGCUGUGGGUUCUCUCUGGCAAAGAGGACGGCGCGUACCCAUUAAUAGGUCAUGAGUUUCCAUUCGCGAUCAAAAUGAACCACAUGCGUGAGGCGGCGCUAACGGAUGAAGAUGGGUUUCCCUUUGACUUUGACCAGCAACUGCCGUCAAUGGAUCCGUUGUCUCCUGAAACGCAAUGUCAGUUUAUUCUUAAAAGGAACAAGAAAAUACCCAACAGAAUAGCUAUAGAUGUUCAUAAUGCUCCUAGCAAGCAACGAUGGAAAAAUCCGAUAAAGAAAUCGCCGAUAAUCAAUUGGGCCAUGCACAAGAAAACUACGGGAUCAACUAAAGGAAACUCCUUGGAUGGAAAUUCUUCGUCAGCUGGAAAGCUUUUCGGAGUACCUCUGACUCAGCUGUGUACCGAGGAAGAGCCUGUACCCAAAGCAGUACAGGAUUUGUUGUUACAUUUGUUUCGAUAUGGUCCAAGUACCACAGGAAUCUUCAGAAAAUCGGCGAAUGCCAGGAUUGCUAGAGAAAUCAAAAUCGAACUGGAUGAAGGUAAAUUGGUAGAUUUUGAAGACGUAUCAGAAGUCGUGACCGCCUCUGUCAUGAAGGAAUUCCUUCGCCGUUUGCCAGACUGUAUUUUUGAAAGUGAAAACUACGAAGAUUUAGUCGCCACAAACAACAUCGAAGAUCAGGACGAAAGAGUGAAACAAAUAAAGGGGAUUUUGGACGGGAUCAACCGUUUCAAUUAUGAACUACUGAAGUCAUUUUUGUGCGUGUUAUAUCACAUUGCUGACAAUGCGGAGACCAAUAACAUGAACGCUUAUAACCUGGCCGUGUGUGUGGCUCCCAGCAUGCUUUGGGCGCCAAAAGGUUCCAGCAUUCCCGCCACCGAGCAAUCAAACUCAGUGCCGCCAGUGAUUCAGUUUAUUAUUGAACACAGUGUGGCUAUCAUGGGAGAUAAAGUAAGGACGAUUCUUGGCGAUCGUAGCGAGAUCGUCACCACUAAUCAUGUGACCAGCGAUUCGGAGGGUAGUACCCAGGACUCACGGACUGCUUUGAGUCAGUCCUCUACGGAUGACGGGAUAGAAUCACCGGAACCUCUGAGUCCCAAAGGAGAAAGGAACUCUAUUCACUUAAGUGAUUCGAACUUGUAUGUAACAAGCACGCUCGCAGUUCACCCAACGAACAAGAGUGUUAGUACUCCAAGCUCUCCUUGUGAUUCCGGAAUUCCUUCCCCGAGUUCAUCGCCCACUCUCAAGAGGCACGACGUUGAGUUUUCUAAUAAACUCAGCGCCGCUUUUUAUGAACCCAAUAAAACGAAAGGACAUGCAGCGAUCAGUCGUAGAAGUUCGGAGCCGCUCGGGUUACAUCCGGAUUCGAUGAAAUUACGAAUGAAAAGCAGUCGGAAAUACCCGAGCUCUAAAAGACAACUGAGUAGUACAACGACAAGCGCUGAACUUAUCGAACAUAAACAAGCUCAAAAGACUACGGCUAGUGGCCGGAAAUUAGAGACUGCUGUUCUUCGCCGGGCACACUCGCCUCAAACUGUGCGACUGUUUCCUGUCACGCAAAAUGUAACGCAAUACCAGCGUCUUCAUCCUGUAUCAAGUUACCCAUUGUCUUUGUCACGGGCUAUGGAAGCUAAACAUUCCGUACAAACGCAAGGUCUUAUUUCGGACAGUCUUGAUAGCAACUCGACAUCUCCUGUGCCACCUAGUUCCCCCGUAUCCAAACAAUCGCCUGGAGGACCUCGCUCUCCGUCUCCAAACCCCGAUCAAGUUUUCCAAGCUGUCGAUCGUCGGAGACAACCUGCAGCGCCAUCGUAUCAGGAACAUAUGCAGCGGAGGAGGGAAUUGAAUUCAAAACCUGCGUUUUUUCAGGGUGCAGAAGGAAAGGAGGUCAAAGAAGUGGAUUCUAGCAAGGACCAUAUUUCUCCAAGGGAAGCAAAGGCAUUUUUCGAAGCUAGAGAGCAACAACCCCGCUUCCCUGGGAGAUUAGGCGUCUUCGGUAACGAUAGAUUGGAUUCGGAAAGGAGCGAAACUUCCUCGACACCUAAAACGCCAAUGUCGCCAACGAGCCAGAAUGAUAACGUAUGGGAGCAAGUGGAGGAGGUGAACGCCAGCACAGUUGCAAGUGCCGGAAUCCGCAAACUGGAACAUUCACCAUUUGGACUUAACCUUCAUCAGAAACGAAACGUAAGUGAAGGGUCGUAUAAAAAACCGCCGCCUGAAAAUGUUCGAAAAACUGUCGGGCUAUCGUCAAGUCAUGGCUCUGGCCAAUUAAGAUCAGCGCUUGGUUCUGUUUCAUCCGCUGGUACAGCUUCCAUGCCCUAUAGUUCUUCUCUUACUCACUUCCCACACUCCGACUUCUUUCCUCACGAAGCUCAAUCAAAAACGCAUUGGGCAUCUUCAGUUGAUGCUCGGGGGACCUCGGCAGUGCCCAAUUCGCCAGGAUCUUUUCGAAUUCGGAGAGGAAGCGCAACCUCGUCUUCGUCGUCGGUGUCUAGCCUGGACGAACGAUCUAGCAUCGGUGCUGAUUCAACGUUUUCCGAAGGCAGAACUGACGUGACGCAGAUUCGGGAUAUCAGGGAACUUCUUAGCGAGAAUGCGCAAGCUAACGGGCUCAAAAUCAGCCCACAGACAGCGCAAGUCAUCGCUAAAGUGCGCACGCCGCGCGCGCAGAGCGGAGCCUAUCCUGCUCCUUCUCAUGACGAUAUCGAAAACAUUCUGUUCACAGAAGAAUCUUACGUCUAGCGUUAGGCUUUACGUACUGUAUAAAGGAAACUCUGCAAAGUAAUUAGCUGUAAUUAAUAAUGAUUUAAUUGGGUAUUUCCUUUCCCGGUUCAAGGCAGCAUUUUAUUUUUAUAAGCCGUACAAUAAAAAACGGAAAGGUAUAC